AUGUCAAACUUGAUUGAGAUUCGAUCUGAAGCCCAGUUCCAGGAACUUGUUCAAAAGAAAGAUCUUGUAUUUAUAUUAAACUUUUGGGCUCCUUGGGCAGAGCCUUGCCAGCAAAUGAACGACGUCUUUGCCGAACUUUCUGGCAAGUUUCCUGCUCUUCAAUUUUUAAAGAUUGAAGCUGAAGAGAAUCCUGAUAUAUCUGAGAGCUUUGAAAUUUCUGCUGUACCUACCUUUAUCAUUUUGAAGGGUGGAAAAGUAGUUGAGCAAGUUGAAGGAGCAAAGGCAGCAGAGUUAAGUAAUGCAGUAGCCAAGCAUGCUAAAGGCGUCUUGAAUAAGUUUGUUACCACACCUGCUGCUUCAGCAGAUAGCGAAGCAAAGCCUGUGAAGGAUCUCAAUUCUCGUUUGAAGGCACUUAUUAACAGUGCUCCUGUCAUGAUCUUUAUAAAGGGAACACCUCAACAGCCUCGUUGUGGAUUUUCUCGUCAACUUGUAGAAUUGUUGGCAGAACAAAAAGUAAAAUACAGCUCAUUCAACAUCCUUGCUGACGAAGAUGUACGUCAAGGAUUAAAGGCUUACUCAGACUGGCCAACUUACCCACAAGUAUAUGUAAAUGGAGAGUUAAUAGGUGGACUAGACAUUGUAAAGGAGAUGGUUGCAUCUGGAGAGUUUCAAGAAAUGUUACCUAAAGAAAAAGACCUAAGUACUCGGCUUCAAGAGCUCAUUGAAAAGCAACCUGUCAUGGUGUUCAUAAAAGGAACACCCGAAGAACCUCGUUGUGGAUUUUCAAGACAAAUGGUCGCUUUGCUAAAUGAUAGACAUGUCAAGUACGGCUAUUUUGAUAUAUUAACAGAUGAUGAAGUUAGACAAGGAUUGAAGACACAUGUUAACUGGCCAACAUUCCCUAUGCUCUUCUAUAAAGGUGAAUUGUUGGGUGGAUUAGAUAUCAUCAAGGAAAUGAUCGAGAGUGGUGAAUUCGAUCAAGUCAUUACAGCUUAG